GGAUGGACAACUUCUUCGCCACGGUGUCCUACAGGUACGGUCACUCGGAGGUCAUGGAAAUCGUACAGCGGCUCGACGAAAACGGGCAAGAAAUCCCUGCAGGCCACCUGCUGCUGUUCGAGUCGUACUUUCGGCCAACCAACGGUCUGGCCGCGGGCAUCGAGCCCCUGCUGAGGGGCAUGUCGGUCGGGCAGCAGUCCAGCGGCUCCCCACACUUCCCCAGCGCGCUGCAGACGUACCUCUUCGGCAACCCCGUACACAGGGGGACGGAUCUUUUCGCGAGAAACAUACAAAGGGGAAGGGACCAUGGCAUCCCCGACUACAAUUCCGCCCGGGAGCACCUGGGGCUACAGAGGAAGGCGACCUUCGAGGACAUCACCACCCAAACUUAUCUCCAGCGCAUAUUGGAAGCCCUGUACGGCGACGUCGGCAGCAUCGACGCCUACAUCGGCGGCCUCUCAGAGGACGCCCAUAUGGACUCCAACAUCGGCGAGCUCUUCUACGUAUCCAUGCUGGAACAGUACGUGAGGAUCCGGGACGGCGACCGGUUCUAUUUUGAGAAUAGCGAAAACGGGUUGUUCGCCGAAGAGGAGGUGAAUAGCAUCCGAGCCACGG